AUGUUCGGGAAAUCGCUGAGACGUCCAAUUUGGACGGGUUCCGAGGAUGAUAUCGAGGCCAAGGCCAUCACUGAAAGCAAUGUGCAGGUUGGGCCGGAACAAGGACAUGGCGUCGUACAAAUCGUGGACUCUCAUGAGGAAAACGACCUAUCACGGUCUUUGUCACAAAGGCACAUUCAGAUGAUAGCCCUGGCUGGUGCAAUUGACUCGUUGUCUGCGCUGUACAAUUUGCACUCGGGGAAGUAUCAGCAUUAUUCCCCGUCACCGGAUCCUUUCUUCGUCCGACAUGCCGAACUCCUUGUCGAUCCUUCUCUCGGCUUCGCGAUUGGAUGGAACGUGGUUUAUGGGACAUAUCUAAGUGUGCCAAGUGAGAUAUCAGCAGCUGUUGUACUCAUUGAGUUUUGGACCGACAAAUAUGCUGCACUCUGGAUCACGCUCUUCAUCAUCGUCGCCUUUCUUGUUGGGAUUAUAGUCGUUAGAGUCUACGGAGAAGUGGAAUUCUUCUUUGCUACACUGAAGAUCCUCCUAGUCGCUGGAAUCACUAUUAUGGGCCUGGUCAUCGACCUGGGAGGAGUCCCAGGCCAACAACGAAUCGGCUUCAGAUAUUGGAAUAAUCCUGGGCCCUUUGUCGAAUACCUCGCGUCUGGAUCUUGGGGUUCUUUCCUUGGCUUCUGGGCGGUCAUGAACAACGCCGUUUAUUCCUUCGCUGGCGUCGAGAGCCUUUCCGUUGCAGCGGCAGAGACUAAAAACCCGAGGCAGAAUAUCCCAAAAGCAUGCAAACGUGUUUUUGCAAGGGUUUCGGUCAUGUACAUAUUGUCAGUGUUGAUUGUGGGCAUGCUUGUCCCGAGCAAUGAUCCGAGUUUGGACGACGAAUCAGGAACAGCUGCUCAAAGCCCUUUCGUCACGGCAGCGGCCAGGGCUGGUAUAUCAGUUGUCCUUUCAAUCAUAAACGCUGUGGUUCUUACAUCAGCCUGGUCUGCUGCGAAUCAGUCUCUCCUUGCUGGGACGAGAAUUCUAUACGGUCUAGCCAUCAAGAAACAAGCACCCAAGAUAUUCCUCAGGACUACGAAAUGGGGCAUUCCAUUUGUAUGUGUCAUUUUACAGACCCUCGUUGCGACGCUGGCCUAUAUGGGUCUAUCAAACGGAGCUUUGACCGUGUUUUAUUGGCUGCUUGAUCUCACGGCUUGUGGGACACUGAUCAGCUGGAGCGUGAUAUUAUUCAAUCACAUUCGGCUACAUCAAGCAUUGAAGAAGCAGGGAAUCUCUUCCCAGGAACUGCCGUGGAGCAAUUGGUGGACUCCUUACUCGUCUCGGGUCGCGCUUGUUGCGUGUAUUAUGUUCCUUCUUACCGGCGGCUUCUCUGUAUUCGUGGAAGGGAACUGGGAUACAGCUACUUUCAUAUCAUCAUACCUCGAUAUCCCGAUUGUCAUCAUUGCAUACGUCGGCUGGAAGCUCUUCAAGAAAACAAAGAUCCUAUCCUUGGACGACAUCCCGAUCCAAAAUGCCCUCAAAAAAAUAAGAGAGAAGCUAGAAGAACGGAUUUCGCUAGCAAGAGGAUGGCAACGACUGAACAUCCUGUGGGGCUGAUACGACCACAAGCCGACCCA